UAUGUUUACAAGUCUUCACCACCUCCUCCGUAUGUUUAUAGUUCUCCUCCACCUCCACCAUAUGUUUACAAGUCUCCACCACCACCUCCUUAUGUCUAUAGCUCUCCACCGCCUCCUCCAUAUGUUUACAAGUCGCCACCUCCUCCUCCUUAUGUUUAUAGUUCUCCACCGCCUCCUCCAUAUGUUUACAAGUCUUCACCACCUCCUCCGUAUGUUUAUAGUUCUCCUCCACCUCCACCAUAUGUUUACAAGUCUCCACCACCACCUCCUUAUGUCUAUAGCUCUCCACCGCCUCCUCCAUAUGUUUACAAGUCGCCACCACCUCCUCCUUACAUUUAUAGCUCUCCACCGCCUCCUCCAUAUGUUUACAAGUAUCCCCCUCCUCCUCCAUAUGUCUACAGCUCUCCACCGCCUCCUCCAUAUGUUUACAAGUCUCCCCCUCCUCCUCCAUACGUCUACAAAUCUCCACCACCACCUCCGUAUGUGUACAAGUCGCCACCACCUCCUCCUUACGUCUACAACUCUCCACCACCACCUCCGUAUGUCUACAAGUCGCCACCACCUCCUCCUUACAUCUACAACUCUCCACCACCACCUCCGCAUGUCUACAAGUCGCCACCAUCUCCUUCUUACAUCUACAGCUCUCCACCACCACCUCCCUAUGUCUACAAGUCGCCACCACCUCCUCCUUACGUUUACAAGUCUUCACCGUCACCUCCAAGCUAUAGCUAUAGCUCUCCCCCUCCUCCAAUAUACUAACCAAACAUAUACAUGAUGAACCGGAUUUUUUUAAAAACGAUAUAUUCGUUUAGAGAUCAGCCAUCAUAUUCAUGGAAUAAAAUUUUCCUUUCUAUAUUUUCGUAAAUAAGAAAUGCAUUAUUUGGUUUGGACCCAUGUGCAUUUUGUUGUUUGAUCGUUGCUUUUAGUGUUGUUGUCCUCUUUAAGAGAUCAAUAUUCUUGUCGUCCAUUUGUAACUAUUUAACAAUCGUAAUAAAUUUUA